AUGGCAUCUCCAGGGGCCGCUGUCGUGCCUGCGCCCACGGCAUUCGAUAACGCGAGCAUGCUCCAUAACCUCACGCAGUGGACGCUACAACACUUGAGACUACCCGUCAACGUCAGCCGCUAUGCCGAAGACCUCUUUCUUGCCGGACCUAGGAUGCUGACCAAGCUUGGUUCCAUCAUGUCUUACGCAGAUACUGUGGACGGCUUUGGCCAACGAGUACUACCCGAUCCGACCGGCUCCGAUUUGUUUCUUACCACCGCCGCCGGAAGCACCACUGCCAACGUUGCUGCCGAUGCCUCCGUUGCCGCCGCAGCCGCCGCUGAACUGGUCGACCAGGACCCUGCGGCUAUGGCGUCUCGACUGAGCUUGGAAGGGGCAAAGGGCCUGGGAAGCGUCUUCAGCUAUGCCACUAGCAAAUGGGCGCUCUGCUGUGUGGCCAUGGCUAUCAUACUGAACAGAACACACAUCUUUGCCGCAAGCCGGCGCAGACUUCGCUUGGGCUGGCAUGUUCGGCUCUUUCUCCGCUUUCUACCGCUUGUCCUCUUUCUCUUCCAGGCCCAACAGCUGCUGCAGUCGAUACAAUGCCAAACAUCGCCAGACUUUUCAGAGAUGCGCUGGGGCAACGCGAGCAAGUCAUCUGACCUCAUGUUUACCGAGCCCGGAGGCUAUCUGCAUACCAUCAGCUCAACAUUGCUGUUGGGCGCCAGCGACCUAGACUCAUGCCGGGCUGUAAAUAUGGUUCCAGACGACGACCAGGUCUACCCUGCCGAGCUGCAAGGAUCAUUGUCGCUGCUAUGGCCGCUCUUUGGAACUUUCUGUCUGAGCCACUUUCUCGAAACCGUGUCGUGUGCCGUGCAGGGCCGGCCGGUGGCCGUUGAGACGGGCAUGACACUUUUUGAGCACUCGCUGGCUUUCGCCGAGGCCGACGCUGCCGUCAGUAACCAGCUUGGCUGGGGUUUGUUCUCCAGCAGCGGUACCGCAAACGUCACUCUUACCCAAGGGUCAACAGGAACCAGCAUUGCCAUCUCACGAUCCAUGAUCAUGAAGCGUGUCAAUACUCCACCCGAGGUUCUCCUGGUCGCUUUCCUUUCUGCCAUGAGCCAUGUGACAAGCCACCUCUUGGGUGUGUUCAAUCUUCAGUCGCGCUUUCGCCUCUUGAAUACUGGAUUCUGGGCUCUAUGUUUUAUGAGCAGCAUUGUGUACGAGGCGUUCAACUUUUCUCUGGACGACCCAUCGAGCAUGGGUCUCUUUAGAUUCCCGACGGUGUGUAUUAUAGGGUUCAUCCCCCAUGUCAUGGUAUUUACCGGCAUCUUCAUUUGUGCUUUUAUUUACGGCAUUGCACUUGUUCUGUCGGCGCUUUCUCCUCCUGACGGAAUGGAAAAUGUCCGGCAGCUCAACUUCUACCAGCGCUUGCGCUCAGCCCACGAAAAUAUGCAAGCAAAUAUUUCGCUCUCCGAUAUACGUGUGAGCAGGGACAUGGAUUUCUAUACUGCUCUACUCAGAAUCGGGUUUGGAGUGAUUACAAUGGCUAGCGAAGCUGUUUAUUUGAACGAGGAUCGCCGUGUCAAUGUCAAGCAACUGACCUGGCUGGAGGAAGAGCGCUUCAAAGAAUUGGAAAAAUUCCGCAUGCAAUGGACUGGAUCAAGUCUUGGGGACUCUCGUUAUGACCAGGCGGGGACAAUCGGUCUGAUUCCAGUCAAGGAUGACCAAGUCAAUGCCUCCAGUGGUUAUGCAAGAGAGCGUGCUGCGCAAAAACUGCCAAAGGCCAGGGCAGGAGAUAAGCGGGCGAAGGAUGGUGUAGGAGCCAUUGAGCGCAGCUCACGAUGGAUCCUGGCUAUGGACUUCAUCAUCAACAUCAAUCGAUUGAUUCUCCGGUGGUCGUCACUACUGAUGCUAAGAGCCCUUGCGCGAAUUGGUAUCAGGGCACAGCCACGUUUUCUCCUGUGGCUAUCACGCCGACCUAAGAAGACCAGGAAAGAGGAGGCGGAGACAAGAAACACCGAGGAGGCUAGUUCGAGCAGACAAGGCGCUCAGGACAUGCUCUUUAAUGAUGAGGAUGCUGAUGUUGAGUCUGAGAUGAUGAUGCGCCUUCGGCAUACCCCCGAGACUGCCAACAUUUCAUGGGCAGAUAUUGAUAAACGGCUCUAUCAGUCAUGGACACAUGGCGCCCUAUGGGGAAGUGCCGACACAAGCGGCGCCUGGGAACCUGAAUCGGACGCUGAUGACUGGGACACGACCAGCUUGAUUGACAGCGUUGCAAGCAGUGACGUAGGCUUCAACACGCGUGAUCAAUAUCCUUGGGAAGACGAGGAAGAUGAUCUCGACGAUGGCCAACGUACCCCGACACAGCAGUCUCGUUUUGCUACUAGAGAGCCGACGCCAUCCGAGGCUAGUAUCACGAUGAGCGAUCUUGCUCGCUUGCUAAACCCCAUGACGGCGGAUGAGCGACAAGAGGCCCAGGCACUAGCCGCACACCUGACAAGUGACCGUAUCAUGACGCGCUCUGCAUACGCUCGUCAGCAGGCAGCACAGCGCACCCGUCUCCUGACCACCGCGGUUACAGCUGGCCGAGACCGAAACCGUAGAAUGACACCCGAAGAAGAGGCUGAACUACUCGAACAGCUGAUCAUUUCCCGGCGUACGGCGCCUCGCCGAAGGCCAGACAUUUACGAGAUCGAUAACAGCGGCCAGGAGAACACGGGCUCUUGGGCUGGCCUGGACGAGAAUGGUGGCGACGGCGGUCCGCAGUGCGUUGUCUGUCACAGCUCGCCCCGAACGGUAAUUGUCUGGCCUUGCCGAUGCCUGAGUCUCUGCGAUGAGUGUCGUGUCACGUUAGCCAUGAAUAACUUUGAUAAAUGUGUAUGUUGUCGACGUGAAGUGAUUAGCUUCUCAAGGAUCUACGUGCCUUGA